UCCGUGCGGUUACGUUCACUUCAGCUGAUCAGCGCGCGCGCUCUUCCGUUAACCGUUGUGCUGGAAGUUUACAGUGUCGAUUGUGUAUUUUUUCCGCCCUCCAGUGAGCAGCCCGAAGGGAGGAUUCCGGUCCACUGUAUAGUCUGGCACGUCGAGUCCGAUCCGAGUGAACAUUAUUCGCAAACCCAAACGGAGACGUGAACAGAGACUGAACUGACCAUUGAAGAACUCGCCCAAAGACCCACCGAAAGGCUCCGCGUAGUGUGGAGAGUGAAGCGGGAAGUGUCGGUAAAGUUGACAGUGUCCGUGCCUUGGCAGCAGUGCAGCAAGGCGCCCGAAAGGACGGCUCACUGAAGAAGCUGCCCAAGAAUGCUGUUGCUCAAAUACGACCCCUUCGAUCCGAUACCGUUUAUAGACAGUUCAUGACACUGAGCAGCCCUUGAGCAGCAUCACCGAUUGUGUAGCUCAACCAGCCAAGCGGCCAAGAAACCCUGUUACAAUCCUAUCGCGCCCCGAAUACCCGGUAUCUCGGCCGUCGGCCAACCAAACCAAAGUCGAAUUUACCCCGCCGAAGGUGUAAAUUCCGCCACAACUCUACCUGCUCCUCGAACCGAGUCAGGAGUCAUCACCAGGGCCUCCAAAACCGUUAGCCCGUUACGUUAGAAGGGCCUCCUGCCUAGGGCCGCGGCACACCGCGAACAUCAGCCCGCUCGCCCGUGGUUCGAUGGCUCUGGACUUUGCCGCCGGAUGCUUGGGAGGAUGUGCUGGCGUUCUCGUUGGGUUCCCGUUCGACACGGUGAAGGUACACCUGCAAACACAGGACCACCGGAGGCCGCUGUACCGUGGCACCGUGGACUGCUUCCGGAAGAUCGUGGUCCGUGAAGGCGUCCAUGGGCUGUACCGCGGGAUGUCCAGUCCGAUGGCGGGUGUGGCGGUGGUGAACGCGAUCGUGUUCGGCGUGUACGGUAACAUCCAGCGGCGGACGGAGCAACCGGAUGCGCUGUACUCGCACUUUCUGGCCGGCACGGCCGCCGGUCUCGCCCAGAGCGUGGUCUGUUCGCCGAUGGAGCUGAUCAAGACGCGCCUCCAGCUGCAGGACAACCUACCGAAGGCGGCCCAACGGUUCAGUGGGCCUCUGGACUGUAGCCGGCACAUCUGGCGGCGGGAGGGCGUUCGGGGGAUCUUCCGCGGGUUCGGCAUAACGGCCGUCCGCGAUAUGCCUGGAUUCUCCAGCUACUUCGUGGCGUACGAGUACAUGGUGCGGUACGUGGCCAAUCCGUCCCCGUUCGUCAUUCUGAUGGCCGGCGGACUGGCGGGGACGUUCUCCUGGCUGCUGACCUUCCCGAUGGACGUGGUCAAGUCGCGCCUGCAAGCGGACGGCAUCUCGAGCGGCCAGCCCCAGUACCGCGGGCUGGUGGACUGUGUGCGGAAAAGCUACGCCUCCGAGGGCCUUGGGUUUCUGUCCCGCGGUCUCGCCUCGACCCUGCUGCGUGCCUUCCCGAUGAAUGCCGUCUGCUUCCUGGUCGUCUCGUACACGAUGAAACUGUUCGACGACCGCAACUUUGCGGUGGUCGAGCCCCGGCUGAACGUGGUCGAAACACCGCUCCUGAUGGCCACGCAGCAGCAGCAGCCAGUGAUUGUGCCAUCCCACCCGGUCGGCAGGAGAGUCACCCAGGACAACCAGCAACCAGACUACCAUCACGUUCUGAACAUCAAGCAGAACACGUACCGAUUCCUGCGAUCACUGGGAGCGUUCAGUGAAGCGGUUUGCUGUGCGGAAAUAAGCGAACUGACCGACGACCUGUACGACAGUGGCGAUCGGCUCGAGCAGGACCCGACGCGGCACCCGGUUCAGACGCUAAACGAAUUCUUGCUGAGCACGGCGGACGAGGACAACAGCAAUCGGUAUCCGUUUUUGGGCGACUGAUUGUGGCCACCAAAGACACUUGUGUACAAAGACAACCUCCCCCCCUUGUAGACGCUAGGAAUCCAUCCCACGGAAGUUGUGUAGAAGAAAUAUAUUGUUAUUUA